AGAGCAGAGCACCGGUGUCUGGAGCAGAACAGUGGACAGAAUAGUCACGCUGUUCUCUGGCGUGUGGCGUGCAACGACAUUGUUGUGAACAACCAUAGACAUCACGCACCAAAUACAUACGGAGAAGAAGCGUUAGAAGAAUACUUCUCUCUUGUCCCUACGAACAACUCAGUGCUAGGGCUAUAAACAAACAACCAAAAAGAACAACGAAGAACGACGAGACGACGUUUCCGCGGCCGCUCGCAACGGUGUUUGUCAAGCGGAAGAGAUCAGCACGGAUUCAUUCUUGCGCUUCUCCUCUCCCGUCUACGCGUUAAGGAAGAUACAAAAAGUCACGAUCGGAACGAGAGACGCCUUGCUGGAGCAUCACUGUGCCACGGAUGCUGCGUAGAAGCACCCUCUUUGCUGGCCAGCGCUGUCGGCUCGCGCUGGCCUUGAGCGGCUGCGCCGCCCUUAGCCGCACCAGUCGCACGUACGCCACCUCCUCCACGCACCCCGUCUACGCAGCGGCCGCGGUGGCUCCGGCCACAGCGUCACCGCCGUCGACCACCACGGCCACUGCCGCCGUCGCGCGUCCCACUCCUGUUCCGUACCCCGCACGUCAGAACCCCUUCUCCCCCACGCUGUUGGCCGAUGAUCAGAAAGUGCUCCUCGCCAAGGCGCAGUACUGCAUCUUUACGCUGGCCUACGAUGCGGCGCAGAAGCUCUACGCCGUGUACUCGGCCACGACGAACGAGGUGGUUGUCAUGAAGGAGGAGCACAUCUGGAAGGCCGCCAUGUGGAUGGAUGAGCGCAUCGGUGAGGACUACAUCGCCGGCCUGUUGUUCGGCUGCGACGCCUCUGCCGAGAUCAAGGCGGCCGCGGCGCUCAUCAGCAACAAGGCGAUGAAGCGCGUUGCGCUGGCACCCGACACGUGGGGCAUCACGUACCUCGCCUUCAAGGCACAGCAGGAGGUGGUGAGGGGCGUCGACCUGCCACUCAGCCUCGAGCACGCGUCGUUCUUGCUCACACAGAAGCAGUUCAAUGGAACGACCGUGGACCCCCCAGUCUACGACGUCGAGGACGGCGCUUUCAAGUCCGCUGAGGUACUGAAAGGGAGCGGUGCCCCGCGCACCGCUGUGCUUAGCUGGGACGUCCUCUUCAACGUUCAUCGACGCUUCGGUACGCCGGGCAGCCGCAAGACGUUGAAUCCAGUGGAGCAGAUUGUGCGCCGUGUGGUGAAGGCAGUCAACGUGUUUGUGGUGGACAUCGACGUGCGCGUUGGCCGCGGCACCAUCACCGACGGCUACACGAUGGUGGUGACCAUCUACGACUCACAGAAGCGCUCGCAGUCGGUGCACAUGAUCCGCAGCCUGGCCGAGGAGACUGUCAAGCUCAACGCACUGACGACGCUUCUCUACGGCGAGGGCAGCUCUUCCAUCUCUCUCUUCGUGCCCACGGCCCGCACCAAGGCGUCGCAGCUGGUGGCCUUUGCCCGCACCUGCCGCCCAAAGAGCCCUUUUUUCGUGGCGGAGAUCUCGAGCCUGGCGCCGUACUUUGGCGGCCAGAGCGUCGCGAAGGGCGUCAGCGACGAAAGCGACCCGCGCGCGACGUGGGACCUCAUCCGGCACAACUGCUUCGCCGAGAAGCACCUGCGCAAGGAGGAGGACAAGAUGGACCGUUACCUGCACCGCGGCUUCACGGCGCUGGCGAACAAGCUCUUCUCCGACCGCCUGCACAAGGUCUCCCCGGCGAUCAUGAGCGCGGUGAACAGCAUUCCGCCGCAGGAGCCGGCCGCUGAGGCGAUGACGCAGGUGGGGAGGCUCGCCGAGGAGGCGAAGCGGAAUCCAGUGCCGCAGAUCACGUCGGCGAGUUUUCUCAACAAGGUGAACAUCAAUGAUGCCGAGGUCGUCUUCAAGCUGCAGCAGUGGCGCAGCACAAUCUACGAAGACGCGGGUCGGCUGGAGCGGGAGAAGAAGGCGUUCGAGGGCCUGCAGCGAUACCUCGUGGUAGACUUGGAGACGACCACCAUUCGUCGGUACAAGCGCGUGGCGAAUCCUUUCAUUAAGGAAAACUACGUGGUGCUCUCCGGUGCUCGCGACUACAAAGGCAACGUUUUCAUGCCGCAGCGCUACUUCGACCGCAGCGUCGCCCUCCGCUACGACGACCCUUCCGUCACGAGUCAGAACCACCUAGUGGAGAAGUCGUCGAAGGACUCACUCUUUCUGCCCCCGCUGGACGACUACGAUGUCAUCGUGGGCCACAACAUCAAGUUCGACAUGCUUCACCUCUGGCGCGAUGUUGAGUUCCGCAAGUUUCUGCGACGCGGGGGCAAGAUCUGGGACACCAUGUACGGCGAGUACUUGUUGACGGGGCACGAGGUGAAGCUCGGCCACGGCGCCGGCCUGGAGGAUGUCGCGAAGAGCUACGGCGGGCAGACACCGAAGCUGGACGCGGUGAAGCGGGCGUGGGCGGAGGGGAAAGAGACCUACGCGAUCCCGUACGCGACCCUGACGGAGUACCUGCAUGGCGAUCUCGAGAACACUGAGCUCGUCUUCUGCAAGCACAUGGAGCGGGCACUGGAGCAGCGGCAGGUGAUCAUCUGCUGCGCGCGCAUGGAAGGGCUUCUGUGCACCACCGAGAUGGAGUACAACGGGCUCAAGACGAACGUGGAAUUGGCGCAGCGGCAGAGCAGCGAGCUGAUGUUGAAGGUGGCCGACUACCGCAAGCAACUAGAAAACUCCAUUCCGGCUGAAAUCCCACGCGACUGCCGCAAGUUCUUCAACUGGUCGUCGAAUCAGCACCUCAUCACCUUCUUCUUUGGCGGCAAACUGAAGCUGAGCACCAACGCCCGCGAGAGCAAGCCCCUCACUGGUGAGCUAUUCGCCCGGCACACCCUCUUCCUCUCACCGGAUCACUUUCCCAAGUCGCAAUACCCCGCAGGCGUAUUUAUGCGGCCACCGGUUCACGUCCUCGGCAUCGGCGACUGCGCCAUCAUGGCCGGAAUGCCCACCGAAAAAGGCACGCGGAUGUACCGAGGCUACUUCGACGCCUACGCGCGGCAGGCGAACUUCCGCAAGAGCUCGCCGAUUAUGGAUAAUCUGCGCCGCGAGGCGACGGCCGUGUCGCGCCUGAGCACCGACAAGCGCGGCGAGACGUCCGCCCUCGCCAACCUGCUGCCGCGACGCCAUCUAUUUCUCUUUGCCGCCCUCACGCCAACAAGCCGCGACGGCAUUGCGAAGCUCUUCGUGAAGAACCCCAUCACGGGUGAGUCCGUUACGAUCAUCGACGGCGACAUGGCCGCCCAACUGGAGCAGUUUGUGAGCAAGCAGGUCGCGCAGCACACGGAGAUGGUCGUGUCGGUCGACGAGGACGCCUCGACGAGCGAUGUGGUGUUUGCCGACGCGCACGUCACCAUCCUGGCCCGCGACGCCGGCUUCUCCUUUAUGCGCUACCUGCGCAGUGACGUAGCGCUUGGCAGCUACAUCGACGCCCACUCCGGCACGCUAGAUGAGGUGGAGCAGAAGAAGCGCUACAACAUCUCCUUUGCGGACACAGUGUCUAUCUUCGCCUACUACCGCCAUCAGUUCGCGGACGAGCCGGCGACGACGACGAAGCGGACGUCGAAGCGGACCGGCGGGUCAGGCGAACAGCUCGGCAACACCGUCAUCCCAGCGAAGGCGCUCCCCCGCACUACGAAGCGCACCAAGCUCGGCUACGCGGAGGCCUUCAAGAAGAUGCUGCUGCAGGAGGCAAACAUGAAGCCGGAGGAGUGGUGCAACCACUACAUCGACGUGUUUCUCCACAUCGCCAACAGCGCCCUGCAGCGCGAGGCGCUCGCCGCCGCCACCACCGCCGCCGCCGCUUCGACCAAACAACGCAAGAGCAAAAAGAACGAGGUGCAGCGCAGCGACGACGACCUGCCGGUGCUGCUGCGGCAACGGCGUGCUUUCGUCGGCUACUACAACUCCCUCCCCGAUGCGGAGCGGAAGCGGCUGUCGCUCAUGUGCCUCGUGGGCAAGACGAUCUCGUCGGCGUAUGACAGCUUCGCCAUGGCGUGCUCGCACGACGACGUGGUGACGGUGAACAUCAGCGGUCGCCUUUCGCAGUACGUGCCGAACGAGCUGGAGCGCGAGCAGGUUAUGCGCCGCUUCCGCAGUUCGACGACGCGGCAGCUGCAGGUUGGCGAGGACACGCUGAGCUACUUCAAAGCCCAUCACGCAGACCAGACCGCCAGCGUCAUUCUCGAGCUGCGCGCACUGGAGAAGCUCAUCGGUACCUACUACGAGAGCACCGACGGCGGGACAGGCAUGGUGUCGCUGGUGCACGCCGGCGACAGCUGCAUCCACCACGAGCUUAUCCACAACAAAACGAACACCGGCCGACUUGCCAGCGCGAAUCCGAACUGCCAGAAUAUUCCCAAAGAAGACAAGUCGAGUUUGCGCGACAUGUUUGUUAGCCGCUUCGGCGACAAGGGCAUGUGCAUUGAGGCUGACUACUCCCAACUCGAGGUGGUGGCCCUCGCGGUGCUCGCGUCGGAUGAGCAGAUGCUCGAUGACUUGCGUCACAACGUCGAUUUCCACUGCAAGCGUGUGACAAUGAUGCGGCCGGACCUCAAGUACACGGAUGUGCUGCAGCGCGCCAAGAAAAACAAGGAGCCGGAGUUCGUGAAGCUGCGACAGCAAGCGAAGAUCUUCUCCUUCCAGCGGCAGUACGGGGCAGGGGUGAAGAUGAUUAGCCACAGCACGGGUCUCACGCAGGACCAGGUGCGAAUGCUCAUCGAAAAGGAGAACGAAACCUAUCGCGGGGUGGAGGUGUUCAACAAAAUGGUGACCCUGUCGGCCAACAGCUACGACGCCUCCCUGCAGAACGGCGCGCGCAACGUGCGCGGCCAUCAGUUCUUCAAGGGGAUGUUCCCCGUUCUCACCGGCAGCCGCUACAUCUUCACGGAGUCGGACGUGCCGGAGGGGAUGCUGCGCGAGCGGGUGGCGGUGCGCAAGUCGACGAACUUCUCCCCUACGCACCUGAAGAACUAUCCGGUGCAGGGCUUUGCGGGUGAGAUCGUGCAAAUAAUUCUCGGUGUGCUGUGGCGGCACUUCCUGGCGAACAACAACUACAACGGCCUCGCGGUGCUGACCAACACGGUGCACGACUGCGUGUGGGUGGAUUGCCACGUCUCGGUGUACAAGCAAGUCGCCAAGGACGUGGAGAUGAUCAUGGACAGCGUGCGGACCGUGCUGAACGCCCUCUACCCGGAGAUGCAAGUGUCGGUUGACUUCCCUUGCGAUGUUGUCGCGGGCGAAAACAUGGGAGCGUUACGGCCCAUUAUGGAGGAGACAACGCUGUAA